AUGGGCAGCACUGAAAGGUGUGGCACUUACAGAUAUAUGUGCAGCAGUCUCAUGGAGUUCACCUUGUAUCUUUGCCCGGUAUUACAGGGUCAAUGUGGCAGAACCAGUUUCGUUUUUGGUCUGCAGUUCUAUGGACAGCUUCUAAGCAGGGAUGUGGGGAAUGAGAGGCUUCUCACCCCUCGUGACGUUGAUGACCUUUUCUACCCAUUUGGAAAUGAAGACAUAAAGAAUCCCUCUGAAGAUGAUGGAAGCUCUCCAGUAAUAUUACUGGAAAAGCCCUUCGUAUAUUUUGGACGUGUUUAUCGAAAGACUUAUGUAAGAGACUUGUCUUCAUUAAUUCUGUACAAGCCGUGCCUGGAUAAUUCGCAAGCCAAUUCAUCUUAUCAAGUUGUUUUGGUCUCUGGUGGCUCUCUGUCUUUUGUCAUGAUGAACUAUGGAAAUAUCUCCUCUACGGAUCAUCGGUUUCAGGCUGGCUAUGGCACAGUCAACUCAACAAAUCACUUUUCCAUCCCUGUGCUUGAUGAAACUAAGCUCUUCAACUCCAGCAAUGUCAGUGUGUCGGGACGCUGGGCAUUCCGUGUUGAUGGUGGACCUCAGGAAGGAAUUUUCUACCCAUAUGGAAAUGAGGAUACAAAAAACCCUGCAGAGUAUUUUGGAAGUUCACCUCUGAUCCCUCUGGCACAGCCGUUUGUCUACUUUGGAUUUAUUUAUAAUCAACUACACGUGAAUAACAAGGGGUAUUUGACUUUUAAUGGGCCGUUUUCCAAGUCGUAUCCCAAUUAUUUUCCUGCAUACUCAACUAGAGACAUCAUUGCUCCAUUAUGGACAAACAUUGACAUUACAAAUAAAGGAACCAUCUCUUACCGACUAGUAACAGAUUCUCAUCUCUUGAAUCGGGCAUCAAAAGAUAUAAACCAAUAUUAUCCAAACUUGAACUUCUCUGCUUCAUGGGUUUUCAUUGCUACGUGGGAUAAAGUACCAAACUAUAUAUACAGACAGAAAUCAACCUUCCAAGUGGUUUUGGUGUCUGGCAAAAACAUGUCAUUUACACUUAUGCAUUAUGGUCAUAUCGGCCCAGCAUAUUUUGUUAGCUCCGGCUAUGACACAAGUGAUUCAACUGAUUUCUUUUCCAUUCCUGUCUCUGACGUUACAUACCUUUCAUACACAAGCAAUGUCAACGUCACGGGUCGAUGGGUAUUUCGAGUUGACUAUGCAUCAGACAACAACGGACUGUUCUAUCCAUUUAGGAAUGGGCACAAACUAAACCUGGCAAGAGAGGUUUAUGGCUUAUUGAAGCUUUCUUUGCAGACACCAUUUUCUUACUUCGGGCUCACAUACAGUUCUGUUUAUGUUUACCAAAAUGGAUUUCUUACUUUCAGCUGGCCACUGUUUCCUUCAAGUCCCCCAACUCUUCCAGCAAUUAUAGACAUUGUUGCUCCACUAUGGACAGAUAUUGAUAACAGUGACGUUUACGUUCAAGAAUUCAAGGGUGUCCGAGUACUACAGCGAGUUACAAAUGAUAUACGUCAAUAUUUUCCUAAUACAAAUUUUAGUGCAAACUCAGUUUUUAUUUGUACUUGGGGUAAUGUGAAAUAUUUCGGCACUUCAGCACAGAAUUCCUCUUUUCAAGUACUGCUGAUCUCUGGUUCUGGAUUGUCAUUUAUUGUAUUUAAUUAUGGCAGUAUUCCCCAAACUAAACAUAUUGCACUGGCUGGAUAUGACACUGAUGAUUCAACCAGUUAUUAUACAGUUCCUGUGUCUAACGUCGCUAACCUGACCCACUCCACAAAUAUCAAUGUUAAGGGCCGUUGGGCUUUUCGUAUCGACACUUUGCCAAAAGAACAUGGUCUGUUUUAUCCAGCUGGUAAUCAAAACACUCAGAAUCCCUGUCAAAGUAAUGCAAGCUCACCAGCUUGGCACUUGCAAUAUCCUUUCUUGUACUUUGGACGCAAAUACCACAAUAUAUAUGUUGACAAUAAUGGACUUUUGACGUUUGAACCAUUUUAUGAAAGACUCCCCAAGGCUUUCCCUGCCAACUCUAAUAGAGACAUUAUAGCUCCACUCUGGGGAAAGUUUGACUGUAGCGUCAGUGGAAACAUCUCCUACCGUGUAGUAACUCGAGGCCGUAUUCUGGACCGGGCAAGAAAUGAUAUCAAACAGUAUUUCCCUCAGUUUGGAUUCUCAAUACAUACAGUCUUCAUUGCUACUUGGAAUAGAGUGCCGUACUUGAACAGCCCCACAACGGAAUCCUCCUUCCAAGUUGUUCUAGUUAUCUUCAGAACUCUUUCCUUUGUCAUAAUGAACUACGGAAAUAUCUCCUCAACUGACCAAAGUUUUCAGGCUGGUUAUGACACAAUAAACUCAACAAAUUAUUUUUCAAUCCCUGUGACUGAUGAAAAUAAGCUAUUUAGCUCCAGCAAUGUCAAUGUGCCGGGACGCUGGGUAUUUCGUGUUGAUGGUGGACCUGAGGAGGGGAUAUUCUACCCAUAUGGAGGUGUAGAGGAUGAGAUGAGCCCGAGGUCAGAUGAUGGAAGUUCUCCACGGAUUCCUCUUCUGCAACAAUUUGUGUACUUUGGACGUGAAUAUGACCAAAUAUUUGUGAAUAAUAAUGGAGACCUGACCUUUGAUGAGCCAUUUUACGGGUAUAAUCCCUAUUAUUUUCCUGCAUACUUGAAUAGACACAUCAUCGCUCCACUGUGGACAGACAUUUAUAAUUCUGAGAAAGGAACCAUCUCUUACCGACAAGUAACAGAUGCUCAUCUCUUGAAUCGAGCUUCAAGAGACAUAAACAAAUAUUUUCCGAACUUGAAAUUCUCUGCCACUUGGGUUUUUAUUGCUACAUGGGAUAAAGUACCAUAUUUUGAAAACACUGAGGCAGAGUCAACCUUCCAAGUGGUUUUGGUGUCUGGCAAAAACAUGUCAUUUACACUCAUGCAUUAUGAUUAUAUCACUUCCACCCAAAGCGUUGAGUCCGGCUUUGACACGAUUAACUCUACUAAUUUCUUUUCAAUUCCUGUUUCUGACAUUGCAAAUCUGUCAUACACAAGCAAUGUCAAUGUCAUGGGUAGAUGGACAUUUCGAGUUGAUAAUUCAUCAGAAAACAAUGGUAUAUAUGUUUAUUCGUGUAAUGUGUCAUUUACAUCUCAAUUUGAUGAUGUUUCUAGUGCUCUGAUAUGUGGAAGAACAUCAGUUACCACCAGCAGCAGGAUAGUAGGAGGUCAGAAUGCUUCAGCUGGGCGCUGGCCCUGGCAGGCUAGUCUUCUUCGGUUAGGCAGGCACAUCUGUGGAGGUUCUCUUAUCAACAAAGAGUGGGUGCUGUCUGCUGCCCACUGCGUUCAUGGGUAUCCCACCAUUGAUUUCACUGUAGUUUUGGGGCAACAGACCCAGGAAGGCUUCAACCCCAAUCAAGUAUUCAGAUAUGUGAGGUUAAUCAUCAAACAUCCCGAUUACAAUUUUACGAAUGACAACGAUAUCGCUCUUCUCAAACUGAGGUCACCCAUCACCUUCACUGACUACAUCAGACCCGUGUGUCUAGCAGCUCAUAGCAGUGUGUUCAACAGCGGCACAGACAGCUGGAUCACUGGAUGGGGAAACAUUAGCGAAGGAGUGCCCCUUCCAUCCCCUAAAGUUCUACAGGAAGUGGAGGUUCAUGUAAUUGGUAACAGACAGUGCAACUGUCUCUAUGGAGUUGGAAAUAUAACAGACAACAUGAUCUGUGCUGGUCUACUGGAAGGAGGCAAGGACUCGUGUCAGGGGGAUUCAGGAGGUCCGAUGGUGAGCAGGCAGAGCUCUGUAUGGGUUCAGUCCGGUAUCGUUAGCUUUGGGAUUGGCUGUGCUCGACCUGAAACUCCUAGAGUGUUCGUCAGAGUAUCACGUUAUCAGGAAUGGAUCAGCUCCUUUGUGUGCAGCGAUCCUCCAGGUUUUGUGCAGUUUACCUCUGCUGGAGCUGAUCCUGACUACAGUUACAGCUGUCCUGGUCUUCCUCCUCCUCCUCCUACUCCUUCUCCUUCCUCAUCCACAAAUGAAUCUACAGUUCUAUCUUCUGCAACAUCUCCAUCACAAAAAUUUUGGCUAUUAUGUUUUCUGUUGCUUCUACCAAUACUUGCCUUCAUUUUAUAUGCAAUGAAACACCGUUUGGGGUCAUGCAUUCAAAGAUGCAUUCACUUGAUCAGAAGUGACAAUAAUGACAUUUAUAGUGAUACAAAAGUUUUAUUUUCCAAAUAAAUGCUGUUCUUUUGGAAAUAUUCAAAGAAUCCUGAAAAAAAAAAGUAUCACAGUUUUCCCCCAAAAUUUGAAGCAGCAAAACAUUGGUAAUAAGAAAU